AGCCAUUUUGGCGCCCGAUUUUCAUUGAAUGUUUCGAUAGUGUACCCGUAGCGGCUGCUGCGACCCCUGCAGCAGGUCGCCAGCAUGCUCUCCUUAGGCUACCCAAAAGACGUGCUUGGUGACACUCAAAAGUACAAAGCAAAUGACAUCUUGGACGAGACCAAAGUGGUGGACCGAAGUGCGUUGGAGAAGCGCACCGUGCAGGCGCCACGGGACUCGGAAGCUCCAGUGACGACUCCCAAGCUACAGAAGGCCACAGAGGCUCCUGCGCACGAUGGUGUUCUGUUUGGACCGGAUGGCAUGCCUUUGCAAGACGAUGCUCCCGUGGAAGAGGACGAGGAGGGUCACCUCCAUGCCAAGUUGGCCGCUCACCAGAAGGUGGAGCUUCAUGACCAGGGCUGGUUUCAUGCCGAAAGCAAUCGCUAUGAGCAGGAGGAAUUGGCCAAGAUGCACAUCAUGACCCUGAGCUCCGCCGUGGCGGAUCGGGAGAAGCAAGGCAGUUUGCGGGAUGGACGUUGGGUGAACAGCCCCCAUGAGUUUGCGGACUUGGGCCUCACUGGUACGGUGCUCUCCAAUGCGCUUGUGCCCUUUCCACCCAAUGACCAGCAGUACUACAUCGCCGGCAAGUACGAUCCUGCCCAUUCCCUCUUGGCUCCCACAGCCGUGCCGAACUUCGCGCACAACGGGGUCUCCAGCAGCACCUGGUUGAGGUUGGUUGACUUUGCUCAGCAUGCGGAUGCGGUACAUCUCUUUGAUGAGUUCUCCUGCAAGACCCAUUGCGGCCGCAUCUAUCAAGGCUCCUUGGACAAUGGCUACUUUGUGGAAGCCUUGCAGGCCAUUUCUUUGCGUCCCAAGUUGGUGAAGCAACUCUUUUACGCUUGGCAGACCCGGCGAUCCAUUUACAUCGCCCGGCUGUUCAAGCACGGGACCUGGAUGAGGGUCGAGGUCGAUGACUAUGUGCCGGUCGGACGGCCGGGCAGGAACGACGCAGAUGGGAACCUUCCGAUUUGCUGCCGAUCAGAGCACUUCCCCAAUGUCAUUUGGCCAAGCCUCAUUGAGAAGGCUUAUGCCAAGAUUCACACCCUGCGCCUUUCAGCCAGUGCCAUCUCUGAAGAUGAUAUGGGAGGAUGGGAGGCCAUUGGUGGGGGUGGCAAGGUUGAAGAUGCCUUGGCCGACCUUACAGGUGGGGUCGCGGGUCGCUUCUAUACCAAGGAUGUGUCUCCAGAUCGCUUAUUCAUCUACAUCCACGACUUGCAGCGGGAUACGCUCUUCGUGUGUCGGCCAAAUCAAACUCUUUGCGAACUGCAAGGGGUGAGGUUGAAUCCGUACUAUCCCUAUGCUGUGAACAGAGCUGUCCAGUGGGAAGGUGGCCUUUACUACCAAGUCUUUUGUGGAGGUCCAGGUGUACAUGAUGGGGGCUUGCAAGACAUCACGGUCCCAUAUACUUUGUCUCAUGGGGACAUGUAUCCUGAGAAGCGUGAAGAUGGCUUCUUUUGGUUGAACGCCGAGGACUUCCAUGAGUACUUUGGCACCAUCUUCGAGUGUCGACUGGUGAACUCCGGCGAUGUGUCUUUACCCAACAUGCCACCUCCCCGUUUCGAGCUGGUGAGACCACCCCCCACAGAGCUCUCCUUGAUGGCCAGUGGCAUGAUGAUGCCAGGUAUGAUGCCUCCUGAAAUGGCUUCAGGCAUGAGCCCUUCCGAAAGUGCCGAUGCAAAUGAGCUCCAGCGGAAGGGCGUUCAGCAUGUGGGUCCCGAUGGUGCCCCUCUGGCGUGGUACGAGUGGAUCUUUGCGAACCCUGGGGAGGUCGUGCGGAUGACUGAGCCGGAGUUCGUGGUCUCGGUCCCGCAGAAUGCUGUACCAUGUGAAGUGGUGUGUGCCAUCGAACAAUUCGAUCCCCGGAUGUUGAUGAAGAAGCCUGGCAGGCCUGAGGCGGUUCCCAUCCUUUGUAAGGUCUAUGAGAAAGUGGAUGGCGAGAACCUCUACAGUCAUCAACUGGUGUGCCGUUCGAACUGGAUCUCCGUGAGGGAUGCCAUGGUCGCCUUCAGCGUGACCCGUGGUGGCGAGUACCUGAUCACUGCAGAGCUGCCUCAAGAGACCAGCCACGUCGAGCGGAUGAUCUUCAGGUGCUAUGCUUCGCAGCCCUAUGUGCAGGUGGCCGCCCAUCGCAUGACACGGAAGCAUUACCUGGUGGAGUCCCGUCAGCUUCCCGGAGCCGCGCGGUGGUCCUUUGUGGGGCUGAUGGAGCCCGAAGGCUUUGACAAGGACAAGCCCGUGCGGUUGGAUUGGGAGUACGAUGCCAUGAGGAAGGCAGCUUUUGACCUGGACACCGGAUGGAGCACUUUGGUGAAAGAAGUACAAGAAGAUUGUGUGCUCAUGUGAGGUCCCGAUGUCCCGACCCCCGCGUCGGCUCGAAAAAAGAAGGGUG